AUGCUUCACAGGACGUCAUCGUCGAGACGACGGCGCGCUUCCCGGAGUGCCGCCACGUCACCGCAAGCCAGAUCUCCGAGAGCAUCAGCACAGCCCUCUCGAAGAGCCUCUUUAGCAGCUACAGAGACUGAUGAAGAAAUGGAACCAACUCCUCCGCCACAAAGAAGUCCUCGAGCGAGCCUCGCACCAGAUGCUGCACUAGACUACCAUCGCAGUCCAAGACACUCAUUGGUCCCCGAACCUAGAUCUGCCAGAAAUUCAAUUACACCCGAUACAGCUUUACCUACAAGAAAUACUCUGGCACCAUCUAGAAACAACUUAGCAGUGGACAUGAAUUACGGAUCAAGACUCAGUCUAAAUCCUCAAGACUUUAACAGAAGUCCAAGGAACAGUAUUACACCUGACGCGACUGCCAGAAGUCCGCGACGAAGCUUGGUCCCUGAGGGUACGUCAUGGAAUCAGCCUCGAAACUCCUUGGUGCCAGAUGUAGGGAGAAGUCCUCGUCAUUCUGUAGCAAGUAUUCAAAUAGACCCCGCUCGGAGUCAAAAAGACUUAGGGCCUAGUCCUAGGACCAGUCCAAGAGGGAGUGUAGGGCCUGAAGCUCCUCUAAAGAAAGAUAUUCAAGAAAUGAACAGGAGUCCGAGAGGAUCUUUGAUUCCUGAUUCACAAAGGAGUCCUCGGGGAAGUAUCGCACCAUCAGAAAGGAGUGCACGAGGUAGUCUAGUCGCAGGAGACUGUGAAGCAAAUAGGAUCAGCCCCAGGGGAAGUUUAACGCUGACAUUCCAAGAGCCAUUGGUUUCUCGAGAGCGACGGCCGAGCGAAGAUAGUCAGACUGCGGGUACCCGAGGACGGAGCGUGUCCCCCUACAGAGCAUCGGUGGCUGGCAGACAGACGGGGGCUGGUGCACCUUCAGAUACUGGAUCCCGAAGAGCCUCUAGCUCAGUUAGUCAGGUCUCAGGAGAUGAACAACGUCGCCUCUGCGGGGAACAGGCCAAGUACAGUGAUAGGACUGGCCUAGGCCUAGGCAUGGGCCUGACGACGUACGGCUCAGUGGCCUACCAGCUGAAAGACGCGAAUAUGGAAGCUUCUGGAACCGUGGACUUUGUGUGCAGGGCUGCUAAGAUUAUGAAUAGGACAAUUCUCAUGACGGUGUUCUUGGUGAUGUUGUCUACACUGCCUAUUAUUAUGAUGAUAAUGGGAGUCCACUACCUCCGAGACUGUCCAGCGGAACCCCGUCUGCCAGUCUACAUGAUUGUGGGUGGCGUAUCCGGAGGCGCCGGGCUAGCCUGGCUGCUGUUCACCCAACUCUUCGGGAGGAAUUCUAACUCUUCAGCCAGCGUGCCUGAAAAGAUACUAGCGUCAUUGCUGACUUUGUUUCUGAUGGCUUGGUUUGCCGUCGGCAACUACUGGACCCUGGGCAUCAUGUGGCCAGACUACACACCAACACUGUUCGAGCCGAACCAGUGGUGCCACAGAACGCUAUACGUGUUCUCACUCACACAGCUGGGCGUGGUGUGGGGGCUCAUGGCUCUGGUGCUGCUGGUGCUAAUGGCUCUUGCUGUUUGUCAGGUAUUCGGCUGUGGCUGGUUAGGGCCGCCUAGAUACAAGUAGCAACGGCGCAGCGUCGUGCUAGAACUAUGGCACAGGAACAUCAACAACACCAUGGACGUAGCCGGAGCCCUGCUGCCCUUCACCCAGGUCGUGCGCCCCGAGCUCACCAUCCAUGUGCAAGAGGUGCUCACCCAAGCAGACAAGGAGGCAGAGCUCCCCAAACCAAAGAACACCAUCCCAGAAAUAAACGAACCAAGUGACAAAGACGAUGAAGUGAAAACCCCACCUAAGAAUGUAGACAACCCCAAAAGUGUACAUAAGGACAAAAGUGCUAGUGUUACUGAAAAUGGUGGUAAGAAAUACUUUGACAAAAGUGCUAAUGGUAAGAAUAGUGAAGUGAGGAGCUGCGAUGUAGUGACUAUGAAGAACACGAGAAAGGGCAGUCCUGCCUGAUGGUUGUUCGUCGUGCUGCCACCGCACGGCAAAAAGCAUGUACAUUUCGAAGCAACAGAUAAGAUAUAUUAUUUCUGAAUUGCUGUGGACGAUAUAUUAUUGGUGGAGCUAAAUGUCGAACCAAGUUUUGAUAGAUUAACAAUAAGUGUAUGAAUUAUGGCAUCAGUUUUUCGUAAAAAAAUCGAUUUGCUACCUAUUAAAAUAUAGCGAACUAUUUAAUUGCAUGAAACAUUUAACCUAAACAGAUUUUCAGAUUUGUGGGACCAGAGGCCUCACAAAAUUCUUUACACACCUGACAACGGUAAAUAUUUCGGAUUCUAAAACGAAGGUUUUUAUCCGCUUCUAAAUUGUUCGUACAUUAAGCGAACCUUUUCCAACUUCUCAGCUCACUAUCUAAAUAGAAUAAAAAGUAACCUUGUGUUCCUGACAGUUGGAAUCCAGGCUUAGACGAGACUUUUGGGAAAAACUUUUCUAACUUUACCUCCGUCUUUAAGAAUUACAAAAGUGCGAGUAUUUAUAGUUAUUUCUGUGGUUCGAUAUUUCUGCUCGCCAGUGUACCGUUGCUUGACUGUCACUGCUUUUCGAGUCCGUGCUCAAAAUGCUGUCUUUUACUGUACUUUUAAAAUAGUAUAUAUUAAAAUAAUGCAUAAAUAAUAACAUAGUAUAUGUGAUAGUAGUUUUAAUUUCAUAUCAAUGUGUUGUCUUAAUUAAUGGUAUGUAUGUGUGCCGUUUCUUUAUCGUUAAGAUACAACGAAUAUUUAUUAGUCUUAGUGCUUUUUAUAUUGUAUUGUAAAUAUUGGGAUUUUAAUAUAAUCAAUAUUAAUAUGUAAUGUAGGUAUAUCAUAUCAGCUUAUGUACUAGUUAACACAUAUCCUUUAUAGUAGAUUAACAUAUAAAAGAGUAUUUUCGAAACGAUUCAAGUUUUAGAAAAUGGAACGUUUGGUAGGUAACAACGUCCUAAAAAGACCAAAGUAUUAACAUAAUUACUCAUGAAAUUCACAUUACUAUGAGCCUAGCACGAACAAGUUUUUAAAAGUAUGCAUACCGUAAGCGAUUUUUGAAUGGAGUAAUUUUAAAUAAUUUAUAUCCCUUGUUUUUAAUGUUAUAUAUUUUUUGUCUGCGAGUACAUACUACGUAGGUUAUUAUUCCUUUUAAAGCAACAGUUUUAUAAUUGACAUAAUGGUACAUAUUAAUGACUUACAUUGCUAACACAAAUGUGACAGUAGUAUAUCAUUACGUAGUCGUAGAUCGUACAUCGUCGUUUAGAAUCAUAUGCAAAAG